UCUCACCUGCUCCUCUACCUGCUCCACCCUCAACCCACCAGAAACAUGGGCUGCUGUGGCUGCUCUGGAGGCUGUGGCUCCGGCUGUGGAGGCUGUGCUCCGGCUGUGGGGGCUGUAGGCUCUGGCUGUGGGGGCUGUGGCUCCGGCUGUGGGGGCUGUGGCUCCAGCUGCUGCGUGCCCGUCUGCUGCUGCAAGCCCGUGUGCUGCUGUGUGCCAGCCUGUUCCUGCUCCAGCUGUGGCUCCUGUGGGGGUUGCAAGGGAGGCUGUGGCUGUGGCUCUUGUGGAGGCUCAAAAGGAGGCUGUGGCUCUUGUGGCUGCUGCCAGUCCAGCUGCUGUAAGCCCUGCUGUUCCUCAGGCUGUGGGUCAUCCUGCUGCCAGUCCAGCUGCUGUAAGCCCUGCUGCUGCCAGUCCAGCUGCUGUAAGCCCUGCUGUUCCUCAGGCUGUGGGUCAUCCUGCUGCCAGUCCAGCUGCUGUAAGCCCUGCUGUUCCUCAGGCUGUGGGUCAUCCUGCUGCCAGUCCAGCUGCUGUAAGCCCUGCUGCUGCCAGUCCAGCUGCUGUAAGCCCUGCUGCUCCUCAGGCUGUGGGUCAUCCUGCUGUCAGUCCAGCUGCUGCAAGCCCUGCUGCUCCCAGUCCAGCUGCUGUGUCCCCGUGUGCUGCCAGUGCAAGAUCUGAGGCUCUAGUGGGAUCUCUCAGGUAGCUCCUGAAGAUCUGUGCUUCCCAACAAGUAACUACCCCUGACGCAUAUCCUCUUCCAGACCCGAACAAGAACUCCCCUGGCUCAGGGCUUCUUUUUCCAGCCCUUGAGGAAAUGGAAUGAAACCCUCCCUGCCUGUUCCCUGUAAGAUAAGGGUACCCCAUGUCACUGGCACUCUUGCCCCUUCUUCCCACAUGCCCCCAUAUGUCUGAGCCAGACUGCACCUGAACAGGGCCCUCAUGUCAAGGAGGCACCUGGAAUUCCCCUCCCUAAUUCCAUUGGAGAGAGCAGACCUUUCUUUCCUGCGUCUGCCAGGAGUUCCAUGGCAUUUGCAGAUGGAUGUCCUGUAACCUGAAUGAUCACGUGUAUCUAUGAAAAUCCAAAAUGGAUCUGGAUGCAGCACUAAAUAAACUCUCCCCCUCUCAGC